AUGAAGCGAAUUGUGAGGAUAUCGUUCACCGACGUAGAGGCGACCGACUCUUCCAGCAGCGAAGACGAACGGACGAAUACCGAAUUGCCGUCGCGCCGCCGUGGGAAGAAGUUCGUCAAGGAGAUCGUCAUCGACCCAUCCGAUUCCGCCGGUAAUCUCGAGGUCGGCAAGACGCGGUUUAAAAUCAGGAUCCCGGCGGGGCUCCUCGCUGCGACGGGGAAGAAGAAGAAGUUCCGAGGUGUGAGGCAGAGGCCGUGGGGGAAGUGGGCGGCUGAGAUCAGGUGCGGCAGAGCUCACGGCGGCGAUCGCAAGGGACGACCUGUUCGUCUCUGGCUUGGGACCUUCGAAACCGCCGAGGAAGCUGCUCUCGCUUACGACAACGCCGCGAUUCAGCUGAUUGGUCCCGACGCGCCGACCAACUUCGCCCGCCCCAAGGUGGAAUCUCCGGCGGUGAAGCAGGAUUCCGAUGCUGGAACCUCCGAAGCUUCACGUGAAGACCCCUGA